UGUCUGCCAAUGCCAGCGCCAGCCCGGUUGCCAAGCGUUUGGGAACCAAGCGCCGGCCGCCGACAAUGACUCGAAUUACAGCGAGCAGCUCAGCAACGCCGACGACUCGGACGACACUGAAUCUGUCAUCCAGACUAUGAGUAAGUCGGCCAAGCGCGGGCGCAUCCACUACGAGCAGCUGGCCACAGAAACAGCAGCACCAGAGCGUCAAGCGAUUUCCGUGGGCGCCGAGGCAUACCUGCAGAAGACAUGUCUGCUCUCCGGCGCCGCAACGAGCGCGUCGACUUUACGCCAUCGGUUGAGGGGACACCGCGGCUCGGGGCAUCUCAUCUGGACGAGCAGGUGUCGCCAAUAGUGGUGCUCGGCCAGUACCAGCCGCAGCGCCGGUCGCGCAGCGAGCUGACGCAGAGACCGGCUGCCAACGGCAGCAGACACGCGUUACCAGCGCAGACCCAGACCCGGCGGCGAAUGCGGUGGUCUACGCAGGAGGAGGAGUGCUUUAUCCGCGCUGCGCACCGCUACGGGCUGAACUGGUCCACAAUCAUGUACUACCAUGGCCCCAAUGGCAUAACGGACAAUGUGCUCAGAAACCGCACUCGCGUGCAUCUCAAGGACAAGGCGCGCAAUAUCAAGUUCCGUCUGAUCCGCGAGAAUCGGCCGCUGGGCAUAUUUGAGAGUGCCACGGGCCAUUUGUGAUAUUCCAAUACAUAUAUUUGAUAUUUAACAUCCUCAACUCUGAUUUGAGUUACUUGUCCAGGGCCAAGUCCAAAGACCAAAUAUGCAUGAUGGCAGAUGCCAAAUUGCUCCAUGUAUGGAAAUAUGUUUAUCCAC